AGGAUGACCUGGGUCGGCGCCUCCACGUGACCACCCACUAUGGCUUCCCUGUGUCAGGUCCAGCUGUGUAGUGGCUCGGUGUGAUUUGUUAGCUAUUUGAGGCAGGGUACCCUCGUCAGGACUGAGACAUGCAAAAAAUUAAAUCUCUCAUGACCCGACAGGGUCUGAAAAGCCCUCAAGAAAGCCUCAGUGAUCUUGGUGCCAUAGAGAGUCUCCGGGUCCCUGGAAAGGAAGAAUUCAGGGAACUUCGAGAACAGCCAAGUGACCCUCAAGCUGAACAAGAGCUUAUUAAUAGUAUUGAACAAGUAUAUUUUUCUGCGGAUUCGUUUGAUGUUGUUAAAUAUGAGCUGGAGAAGCUUCCACCUGUUCUCAAUUUGCAAGAAUUAGAGGCGUAUAGAGACAAAUUGAAACAACAGCAAGCUGCAGUAUCUAAAAAAGUGGCAGAUUUAAUCCUUGAAAAACAGCCUGCUUACGUAAAGGAACUUGAAAGAGUUACCUCAUUGCAGACAGGUCUUCAAUUAGCGGCUGUUAUCUGUACAAAUGGCAGAAGACACUUGAAUAUUGCAAAGGAAGGUUUUACUCAAGCUAGUUUAGGCCUUCUUGCAAAUCAAAGGAAACGUCAGUUGCUGAUUGGACUUCUGAAAUCUCUGAGAACUAUAAAAACAUUGCAAAGAACAGAUGUACGGUUAAGUGAAAUGCUGGAGGAGGAAGAUUAUCCAGGAGCUAUUCAGUUGUGCCUUGAAUGUCAAAAAGCUGCCAGUACUUUUAAACAUUAUAGUUGUAUAAGUGAGCUGAAUUCAAAGCUGCAAGAUACUUUGGAACAGAUUGAGGAACAGCUGGACGUAGCUCUUUCCAAAAUCUGCAAGAAUUUUGACAUUAACCAUUAUACCAAGGUUCAACAAGCUUAUCGACUUCUUGGAAAAACACAGACAGCAAUGGAUCAACUUCAUAUGCACUUCACCCAAGCCAUUCACAACACCGUGUUUCAAGUUGUUCUUGGUUAUGUGGAACUAUGUGCAGGAAACACAGACACAAAAUUUCAAAAGCUGCAAUAUAAGGAUCUCUGUACAGUAUGUAGUGACUUAAUUACUAUUCAUAUAUCUCUGCUUUAGAUUUUAAAUUUGUAUUUCCUUUAUCUUGGCACCUACCUAUUUGAAGAUGCUACUAAAAUAAAAAUAAAUCUUUGCCAAAA